AACAAAAAAAACAUGUACUUAAGUGAAGAACAAAACCAGAACUGAAGGGCAAAGCAGGCAAACAGUUGCCAACGUUGGACUGGACGAGGAUAUCAUCACUCAGCAAAAUCCCAAUGAGGAUGGGCACCUGUGAGCCGCUGUUUUUGUUGGCUCCUCGAAAUUGAUCAAAACUGGGCAGAGCCUUCGAAACAUCAGCCAUUCUUCCUCAAAGCCUCGUUCUUUGGCCGGGAGAUAUCUCUUGUUCAGCAAAACCACAACUUUUGAAUCAAGUUCACGCCUCAAUUUUCUUCAAAGCCUCAAUCUUGAGCCAGAUACCAACAAGGGUAGCUUUAGCUUCCGCCUGAAGAACUCAAUGAGCCAUAAGGCUGAGAUUUUUCCCUGCUGAUAAAGCUCGCUGAUGAGUUCUGGUCAUAACCCAGAAGAAAAGGAAAAAAAAAGAAAGCAAUGCAGGGUGAUUACAUCUUGAGAAAGAGUAACAAAAGUAAGUAUGAUUACCACCUGGCAGACCGAAUCAGUGAGUUGGCAGAUGAAAUUCUUGUUAGUAUACUGACUCUCCUGCCGCUAAAUGAAGCAGCAACUACUAGUAUCCUUUCUAAGCGAUGGCGGUAUCUGUGUCAGUAUGUAUUGGCAUCUACUAUGACUCUCAAAUUUGAUGCUGAGAAAACUUCAUGCAGUUUGAUUGACCUCAAUCGAGAAGAACGAGAACAGAAAAUCCGUAGGUAUGUUGCUUGGGUGAAUAGUGUGGUGGAGCAGCAUACAUGGCCAAAUAUUGAACAAUUCAGGAUUGCUUUUGAUUUGGAUAAUAGCUUUUCAAGUUCCAUUAAUAAAUGGAUUCAAUUUGCACUGAAAAAAAGAGUUCAAAUUCUUGAGUUGGACUUCUCAGAAAAUGGCAUUCAUCAUAGACAGAAAUCCUGCUAUAAUUUUCCCCAUGAACUUUUAGGUCUCAACAGAGGGUCUACUUCUACAGCUGUGUGUUGUGAAAUUCCAAGUCUAAACCCUUGUGUAUACCUUGGCUUAAAGUCAAUCAGAGUUCUUCAUUUCAAUUUUGUUGAUGUGGCUGAAGAAGUUCUUGAGUGCUUCUUGUCUAAUUGCCCAGUUCUUGAACGGUUAUCAGUGUUUCACUCCCCAAAUUUGGUAAAUUUAAGGGUUGUUGGUCCAUCGAUUGCAUUGAAGUACCUAGUAAUUCGACAAUGUAACAGCCUUGAAAGCAUUGAGAUUUGUGAUGCAAACCUGGUUUCACUCAGUUAUGUUGGAAAUGAGAUAAGCUUGCUUCUUAGGAAUGUGCCGCUGCUUGUUGAGGUAUCCAUUUCUGAGGACUGUAUCUGCAAUAAUUUCAUAGAGGUUGCCUUCACUCAACUUUCGUGCUGUCUUUCUCAGCUAGAGAUUCUCAAACUGACUGAUCAAAUAGUGCCCUACAAGAGGGAUCAUAUAUUUCCUAUAUUAGCAAAUCUAAAGCAUUUGGAAAUGAUAUUUGAAGAAGACAAUGUUUGUGGCCUUCUUCAGUUAACUUCCUUCUUUAGGGCAUCUCCGUGCCUGCACAGACUUGUGUUGUACUUGCAGAAAAUCAGUCUCAAUGAGGUAGAUAUUUGUGUCAGGAAUGAAUAUUCAGAGAUGGACUACACAAAAUCCAUGAGAAGGAAAAUAAAAUAUAAGAAGGCCAAAUGCUCCCAUAAUUACCUGAAGAUAGUGGAAUUGGUAGGGUAUGAUGGUCACACAAGUGAUUUUGAACUUGUCAAGUACUUGGCAAAGACUGCUGUGAAACUGGAGAAAAUUGUGAUAAAAGGAGAAGAGGAGGGCCCAUGGAGAAAAAUGGCAAGAGAUGUUGCUAUGCACCGGCUUAAAGAAAAGGUUCCUUCAACUAUAGAAUUUGUAUACCGGUAGGCAGUAGGAGUGCAGUGCUUAAAUUAUCUAGAGAAUUUGUUGGUAAUUGGUGGUUAAAUUAACAAACAUUUUAAGGUUUGUUUUAUUGAUUUUAGGAAAUAAGUUAAGAAUGAGGUUCAACGAAUAUGGAAUGGACUGAGAGGUUGAGGACUUAUUGAUCAAAUCCAAAAUAAGUUUAUUUUCCUUUCAA